AUGGCGGGAAACAAGAGACGCCGAACCAGUGGAGGCUUCCACACCACGAGAGGCGAUCUCCUCAGUACUGUGUCCCCAUCCUCCGCCUCGCAACCAACUUUCCUCAGCACUUUUGAUCGCGCAUCGCGCUACCCAAUCUUCCACAAUCUCUGUGAUUGCCUCACAAUCGCUGAGAUCGUCGCGUUGACUCAGACAUGCAAGAAGUUCUCUGGCUUGUAUCAGUAUCUCCUUUCAUCUCAGUGGGAUGUGGAUCAAGCACUUCGCCGCUAUGUUGAAGAUCCCCAAGGCUUCAGAUCUCAGAUGGCUAGAUACGACGCGCUUAUAUCUGGAAACUUCGCAGUUCAGUACUUUGAGAGAAACAUUUGGAGCUGUAAGCGUCUAGUCGUGUAUAUUUUGCAAGGCCGUGGAUCUCAGCUGUUCAGCAAAUACCUCUCAACCAUAGCAGGUUAUUCGGAAGAGAAGCUCAAAGAAUAUGGCCCGGACCGUCCUGCAAUGGAGACCCGUACCUUCAAGAAAGAUGCCGACAGAAAGUUUGAGAUCCGUUUGCAUUCAACAACAUGCCUACCUGCUCAGUACAUACUUGAAAUCAGCAGUUCUACUGCAGUUGUCAAUAUUCUAAGCUGGAACAAAGCCUACUCUGUAUUCCCGCUGCCGACAUUCAUUCAGCACAAGUCCUAUUUGCUGCAUGACUUGGACAAGUCCGCUAGACAAUCGGCACGAAAAUACUCCCAAAGAGGAUGGGAUGUUCAGGGAGUGAUGUGGCCCGAGGAGAAACGCCGUAAUCAUCCCAUCCGGGAGCGAAGACGCGUUGGCGACCGUUAUACGUGGACGAUUCCUUUUGACACGAGGAAAGUAGAGUGGUCAAAAACGCCCGACUACGUCCUUGAGCAUGCUUGCUUCGAGAUGGACCUGUCCAUGAACUAUGAUAACGAGGAAUUUCAAUAUCGUAACCAGAGUGUCCGGUAUUAUGUUAUCGAAGCCAACGUACUAGAAUCUAAGGUCCUAAAGCACACUUAUGUUUACGGUGGCGUCGACAUGAUAGACUUCUUCUUUCCUCGACUCCAUUCCUUCAUUAUCUCAGAAAUCUACAAACUUGAUCCUGCACAGAGGCCCACCAAUUACAAACAGAUGCUGGAAUAUCCUGGCAACAUCGAUGGCGCCCUUGGUGAUUUCGAUCAACCGGCUAGUUGGACAUAUCGAGACGACGAAUUUCCAAAAUGGUACAAGGCUUUUGAGCAGUACCAGCCUGAGUGA